AUAGCGCGUAUUUCGUCCUACUGUAGGUGAUUGUACUGAAAGGUUCGUUAUGGGUUUUUUCGGAAUCGUAUCAUUUGGAUAAUUAUCAAGCAUAUGGUUAUAGAUAAAUAGUUGAGUCCAUCCGCCUGUUUUUUUAAUAUUCCCUGAAUUAUGCUAUUCACGAAAAAAUUGUCAAUGCGCAAAUUGUUUUUCUUGGGAUUGUAUUUUGUGUUCCUUGUAACGAAAAUUGGUUCACGUUACUUUCACGUAGCUAGUUCAAGCGCUCCGAAUUAUGACAAGCAUCCAUUAUAUCCAACUUUUGAUCAUUCAGUUGACCGAAAUGACCAAAGAGGUUCUUGGAUGAACAGAAAGUUGAUGGGGAUACAAGUUGUGCGUCCACACCCAUCGUUAAAUUGUACGCCUCUAGCAAUCGAAAAUUUCCCACGGGACAUUUUUACACAGUCCCAAAGGCAAUAUGGAGCUGUUAUAAUUCAUCUGGUUGUCUCAAUUUAUAUGUUCAUUGGUCUUGCACUACUUUGUGAUGACUACUUCAUUCCUUGUCUGGAGAGGAUUUGUGAAGUUCUACACCUCCAGCCUGAUGUUGCUGGAGCUACGUUUAUGGCUGCUGGAAGUUCUGCUCCCGAGUUGGCAACUACCUUAGUUGGAGUAUUUAUUGCAAAAGAUGAUAUCGGUCUUGGAGCUGUUGUGGGUUCAGCUGACUUCAAUAUAAUGUUGGUUGUCAGUGUUAGUGCGCUCUUCGCAAAACAGGUGAUUUAUCUUAAUUGGUGGCCGUUGGUGCGUGAUUCCGCUGUUUAUCUAUUAUCUAUCAUACUCUUGGCAUUGGUUAUUUAUGACGAAUUAGUCUAUUGGUAUGAGUCAGGAAUAUUUAUUAUUGUCUAUGGAUUAUAUGUAUUAUUAAUGUACUAUAAUCCACGUAUUGAUGCAUUUUGGCGUAUUUGGUGUCGUGAACAUCCAACAUUCUGUCCACGUGCAAUACAUUCAGAUCAAGGAAUUCCUGAUCAAAUUCAACAACAUAGCGGUGCAUUUGGACAUUUUGAUAUUGACAAUAAAUCAUUACUGCCUAAUCCAAUUUGCCAUGAACCAUUGAAUAUUAAAACAGGCUAUAAACGUUUUGAAGGGGAUGAAGAUAAUUUUUCCUCAGAAAAACCAGACUAUACAACAGAGAAAUUUGAAAUUAUUGGUAGCGGUUUAGUCGACCAACAAUCACACCGUGAUACCAACACCACUAAAUUGGAUGAUGUUGAAACACAAGUUCGUUCAGGUGAUUCUAUUGAGUCAUGGUUUGACACUUGUUUUGCUCCGCUCAAAUUACCCGGUCGUGAAGGUGUACGCGGUAAAAUUCGUUAUGCAUUUUGUGCAUUUUUAUGGCCAUUACGCUGUGCUUUAUGCUUAACUGUACCAGAUGUACGUAAGACAAGAUGGCGACAAAUACCUGCUUCUCAUUGGUUAUCUUUCUUGAUGUGCUGUUUUUGGAUUGGUAUAUUUACCGUGAUUAUGAUGUGGAUGAUCACGGUAAUUGGUAAGUCUUUACAACUAUUAUUUUCAUUUUGCUGGAUUUUUGUUAGCACAUAUAGGACAAUUCUAGUGAAUUAUAGUUAAAGCCUUUUUUAAGAUUUUAGGGAAAAGGAUAUGUGAAUAAAAUUAUUUUUCUUGAAGUAUACUUAUGAACUGAUGCAACUCACGUACCUGGUAAUUGUUUAUGAUCUUAGCUAUGAAAGCCAAUUGUGCUGCCCAAAUAGAAACGGUUACGGAGAAAGAAGGGCGUGUAAACUAUUGGUUGAACUCCGAGAGGAAUAACAACACACUGGUCCGUCACUAUAGUUUCUUUUUAAAGAACUUGCACAAUUGUAGUCGAUCUUGAAGUGUUAUAAUUGACAUGUAUCUCUCAGAAGAUAUUAGUGAUACAUACCCAUUCUUAAGCUUUUGUAUGUGAAUCGGAUUUCGGAAACAAAGUAGUGGUUUUACUGGUUAAAGGAUAUAAUUUUCAAUCGAUAGACUUCAUUUUUAAAUUCAACAUCAUUUCAGUUUUAUUAGUCCAAUAAAUUCUAACACUGACCUAAACAUUUCACAUUACAAAUUUUUGUUGCUCAAAACUGAGUAUAAUAAACCUUGUGUCUAACAAACGAAUUACAUUUGUAAGUUGCGAUUGUCAAAAAUUGACUUCAGGAUACUGGUAAAAACAUCAGACAGAUGUUUCAUCCUAAUAUGGUAUUCCUUAACAGUGAGCAUCGGCAACCCAACCAUUGGUCGAACCAAUGAUUCUUAGGUUGUAAGAAUUCUCAUACUAAGACGAAACAACUGUUCAUUGCUUUUUAUUUUCCAAUGAUACCUUAACUGAUGAUCAAUCUAUGAGAAAUACUACCUACAAAUUGAAUAAAACUUCAUAAAAUCCCCUCAAAUCAAAUGAAUUACAUAACUUUUUUUCAAAUAUGCGUAAACAAUUUGAAAGUUACAUGGAGUUAUUAAAUUUUAAUUCAUUUCAUUGAUUAGCAACCAUCAAAUUUUUUUAUCAUUAUUGUCACCUACUACUUAUAUACUUAUACUUCAGUGGUAUAGGAGUAGGUUGGAAGAAAGUUAGGGGCGGCCAGACCAAAACAUGGCACAAGUUCAUGAAGUCAGUGAUAAGUGGACUGAGUCAUGUUGGUAGGUGUAGACUACCUGGUUGGGGACCGCGAGAUGAUAGCAACCGAUGGUUAGAGAGCCUGAAUGACACAUGGCUCGAAAUCGUUUGCAAUGGCACAGGUGCAUCCACUCUUUGUGUUCUCCCAAAUUCGAAUCUCCUGAAUCCUCCUUGUCUCUUUUUUAUUUUCCUAAAUUUAUUUCACUGUAUUAUACUCUUUAAAUAACAUCUCCAAACCCUAAUCUUCCCGAUUACUGCUUAUACUCUUAUUACCUCUACUACUAUGGGAUUUGAAUCGAAAACUGCAUCUCUGUGCUAAUGUGGUGUGGUAACUCGAUUUGAUGUACGUACGUACGAAGUUCUACGUUGUUACUGACUGACUGACUUAUAUUACUGUUACUGUGGCAUUUUUCAUUUUCCUCCCCUCCUACAUUUUAUUAAUCGAUUCAUGUUUCCAUUCACCUUAUCCGAUCAGUUAAUUAUUAUUUUUUUCUAAUUGGAAAAAUUGUUUUGAUCAUAGCAAAGGAAAAUAGAAAGAGAAAAAAGGUUAACAUCAAUAUAAACUUCUCAUAUUCAUAAUGAAUAUUUAUUAAGGGUUACUAAUAUAUAAUGAUUUAGAAGUAAAUCUUUCCUGUGUUUCAUUAACCGUAAAUUGGUUUGAUUGUCAGAGUUUGUGAUUGUAACUAGGUGUUAGCGGGACAUAGACUGGAUUAAAGUAUGCUUAAUGCAUGAUUGCUUUGGUGUACGCUGAUUGGCUAAUUCUUAUCCAAUCAACACUAGCCGAUACUUGGAGAAUACUCUAGAAUCUUCUCAUGUAAAAACUAUAAAUAUACUAACGUUUUCCCUAUUGUACUUCUUACUUGCUUCUUACUUCCAUUUAACCUUGUUAUUUGGAAUAUAAUCUCUUUCCUGUUC